GCCUAGAAUUUAACGAACGAUCGUUCGUUGAUUAGUGGGGGUGCUUCUUCUGGCACACCACUUCUCUGCUGUCUCGACCAAGGCCCGAAAUUUGGGUUGCCACCUGGCGUAUAAAGCUUGCAUCGCUGCUUCUCUGGCCCCGGUCUGAACUGCCAAACCUAUUCCACCCAGCAAGAAGAAGGCCUGGAGAUACAGAAAAGGCACUCAAGAUGGUGUAUCUUCACCAGUAUGACUACAUAUUUGCCAUUGGCACUUUCUUUGCCAUGCUUGAUGCGUACAACAACGGUGCCAACGAUGUUGCCAACUCUUGGGCUACCUCAGUCUCGUCGAGAUCCGUCUCGUACAGACAGGCCAUGAUAUUUGGCACAAUAUUCGAAAUGGUCGGCGCUAUUUCUGUCGGCGCUCGUACCGCUGAUACAAUCAAGAACGGUAUUAUUCCAAACUCAGCAUUCCGCGGCGAUGCUGGCGUUCAGAUGCUGGCCUUCACCUGUGCUCUUGCAGCAGCUUCUUCCUGGGUUAUGUGGUGCACGAGGCACUCUACCCACGUUUCCUCAACAUACUCACUUGUUUCAGCGGUUGCUGGUGUUGGUGUUGCCACAGUCGGCGCUGACAAGGUCCAAUGGGGUUGGAAUAAAGGUAAAGGCAUGGGGGCUAUUUUUGCUGGUCUAGUCAUUGCCCCAAUUGCUGCCGCCGGGUUUGCUUCUUCGAUAUUCAUGCUCAUCAAGGUUGUCGUCCAUAUGCGCAGCAACCCUAUCCCAUGGUCGGUCUACACUUCUCCAUUUUUCUUUCUUGUGGCCGCUACUAUUUGUACACUUUCGAUCGUUUAUAAGGGUUCUCCAAGUCUAGGAUUGUCCAAGAAGCCAGGCUGGUAUGUUGCCUCCGUCACUCUCGGUACCGGUUUUGGUGUUUGCCUUCUCUCCGCCAUCUUCUUCAUGCCAUUCUUGUACGCGAGAGUUUUGAAGAGGGACCAUAGCGUCAAGUGGUGGAUGUUUGUUAUGGGUCCUGCUCUUUUCUUCCGUCAGGCGCAAGAAGAGCACGAUAGAGCAAAGGUUCCCGACUAUGCCGUUGUUCAGCAUGACAAAGAUGAGGAGACCGAAAACGGUUCACAAAAGUCUGUCAGCGACUACGAUGCCAAGGGCGCUGAGGGCGGUGACAUUACCGUUGCUACCACCAGCAAUGAUGUCGAAAAGGCAUCUCCAGAGAGUCAGAAGACCUACCAAGAGCUACUCAAGGAAGGCCGGGAAAGAUUCCAUGCUAAACUCCGCAAGAAGCGCGGUCCUAUCGGCUGGGCCAUGCGCACCCUUCACGAGAAUCCGAUGGGUCAGGGCGAGAUUUAUGAGUUGCACAAUAUCAAGAUGUUGAUCAAACGCCUUCCUGCUAUGAUUACUGUUGCUCUUCUCUAUGGGCUCCACUAUGAUAUCCAUGCAGCUCAGGCUGGCAUUCAUGGUACUCCAGAAGGUCGUCGUAUGGCUUCGGUCUACUCAUAUGCGAAGAAGUACCCCAACGAAGUCGAGCAUGCCUACUCCUUCAUCCAGGUUCUCACCGCAUGCACUGCUUCUUUCGCCCAUGGCGCAAAUGAUAUUGGUAAUUCUGUCGGCCCAUGGGCCGUAAUCUACAGCGCUUGGUCUACUGGCAAUGCUGCAGCCUCCAAAGCCCCAGUGCCAGUAUGGCAGCUUGCUGUUCUGGCAGGUUGCAUCUCCGUCGGUCUUAUCACUUAUGGCUACAACAUUAUGAAGGUCAUGGGAAAUAAGAUCACCUACCAUUCCCCUAGCAGAGGCUCCUCCAUGGAGAUGGGCGCCGCCAUUACCGUUCUCAUUUUCUCACAGUACUCUCUUCCAGUUUCAACAUCUAUGUGUAUCACUGGUGCUACUGUUGGUGUAGGGUUGUGUAAUGGUACCAUCAAAGCUGUUAACUGGCAGCGGGUGGGUCUCUUGUUGAUUUCCUGGAUUAUGACAAUCCCCAUCGCCGGUACUCUCGCUGGCGUGCUAAUGGGCUUGUUCCUUAACGCACCGCACUUCAAAUCGUAGAUACCCACAAUCUUAAUUUGAGGGGUUUGACGGCAUGCAGAGGAGAUUCAAAAUUGGGUACGGACGGGUAUUUAUUAACCAUAGCACGCUCUUUGCUGAAUGU